GGGCAAGUCGCCGGUCCACGGUUGCCUAGACAGAAUCCACCCGCAGCAAGAACCUGUAUUCAGUCUAACGCUGAAAGUCAGUGUGAAUAGAAUCGCUUGCCACCGUAAAAUGAACCCACUAACCAAAGACUGUCUUUCCGAGCACGAUCGGCAAGUGCUGGAAUCGAUCCUGAAUCCGUCCCAAAUCGGAGGCGAGGAGUAUCUGUUGCAGGAAGAGGAAAAACAUUUAGACGAUCCUCAAGAUGCCAAUGUAAGUGGUGAUGCGCGUGUGAGCGAUUCGCAACGAUUGGAACUCGAAGCGAUAGGGCUUGCGGGACAGGGUAAGCUGUCGGAGGCUUUGGAGCUGCUUAGCAAAUCGAUCGAAACGGCGCCGGAACGACCGGCUCCUUGGAAUAAUCGCGCACAGGUGUACAUUUUGCUGGGGAAAGAGGAGGAAUCUCUCAGCGACAUCGAUCAAGCGCUAAAGCUGUCCAAUCAAACGGGUCGCACAGGAUGCCGUGCGCUCUGUCAGCGUGGCAUACUGAAGCGCAAGAACAACGACGUCGAUGGAGCCCGGGCAGACUUUGAGCUGGCCGCUAAGCUCGGUAGCAAAUUUGCCCGCACGCAGCUAAUCGAGCUGAACCCAUUCGCAGCCCUGUGCAAUCAAAUGCUGCGCGAGGUGAUGAAGAUGUGAUGAAGGGGCAGAUGUGUUUUCGAGGACAUCGUUUGUCCUCAAUCCUUAAGUUAGCUGUAAGAUGAAUGAAAUUAAUAAAAUGAAAAUUCAAAAAUAAA